AUGUCCGGGCAAACCACCUCGAUCUGUGAAACCGUCACUGUUGUGUCUACAGUGACAGAGACCAACUGUGUAUUUACGACGACUGUGAUUCCAGGCAUUCCUGGUGCUCCCGGCGCCCCCAGCGGCCCUGGGGCUCCUAGUAUUCCAGGGGCUCCUGGCGGCCCCGGUCCGAGUGGCCCCAGUGGCCCGGGUGUGCCUAGUGUUCCAGGGGCUCCAAGCGUUCCUGGUGCUCCUGGUGCUCCUGGUGCUUCUAGCUCCCAUGGAGCUCCUAGUGCCCUACCUAGUUCUCACGCUACUCCUGGUGCUUCUGGCUCCCCAGCCGCCCCCGGUGGACCUAGCUCUCAUGCCACCCCCAGCGCUACUGGACCAUCGGGGGUUUCAAGCACUCACGCUACUCCUGGCGCCACAGGUGGUCCAAGUGGCCCGGGUGCGCCUAGCUCCCACGGCACACCUGUGGCUCCCAGUGCUCCCGGUGGCUCUGCUGGUCCUGCUGGUCCCAGCGGUCCUCAUAGCUCUGGUGUCUCUGGCGGUCCCAGCGGUCCUCAUAGCUCUGGCGUCCCUGGUGUUCCUGGCGGCCCUCAUAGCUCUGGCGUUCCUGGUGGCCCUGGCGGUCCCAGCGGUCCUCAUAGCUCUGGCGUCCCUGGUGUUCCUGGCGGCCCUCAUAGCUCUGGCGUUCCUAGUGGUCCUGGCGGUCCCAGCGGUCCUCAUAGCUCUGGCGUCCCUGGUGUUCCUGGCGGCCCUCAUAGCUCUGGCGUUCCUAGUGGUCCUGGCGGUCCCAGCGGUCCUCAUAGCUCUGGCGUCCCUGGUGUUCCUGGCGGCCCUCAUAUCUCUGGCGUUCCUAGUGGUCCUGGCGGUCCCAGCGGUCCUCAUAGCUCUGGCGUCCCUGGUGUUCCUGGCGGCCCUCAUAGCUCUGGCGUUCCUAGUGGUCCUGGUGGUCCCAGCGGCCCUCAUAGCUCUGGUGUCUCUCACGGCCCAGGUAUACCUGGUACCCCUGGCGGCUCUGCUGGCCACAGCAGUCCAGGAGUCCCUCACACAUCUGGCGCUCCAGCUGGCCCUGGUGGCCCUGCCAGUUCCGGUGGGUCUACCAGGACAACCCCCGGUGAAAGCGUUCCGGCGACGACCUCAACUGCUCUCGUGCCAGUGCAUUCGUCUGCUCCCACUGGAGGUUCUUCCCAGUCUCCUCACAGUAGUCAACCAGUGACAUCGGGCAUUCAUUCGACCAGUGAGAGUGUUCAGCCCAGUGGAGUUCCUACGGGCCCAAGUUCCGAGCCAUGUGCAACUUGCGCCAAAUCGAGUGGUUCUAGCGCUACUCAAGCAUCAAGUACCUGCUCGACAUGCAGCGGAACGCAUGGUGCUUCCACGACCGUAUCUGAGACGACUGCAUGUUCGACGUGCAAGGAGACUACUGGCGUGUCUACCACGGCCCGGGAAACAACCGUCUGCUCGAAGUGUAGUGAGACGACUGUCGCGCCGACAACGGCUCAUGAAACGACUGUCUGCUCAACAUGCAGUGAGACACAUGGUGUACCCACGACUGUUCCUGAAACUAGCACAUGUUCAACGUGCAAACAAACCACUGGCGUGUCCACUACUGCUGCGGAAACGUCUAUUUGCUCGACGUGCAGCCAGACUACUGGUGCACCGACGACUGUUCACGAAACCACCGUGUGUUCAACGUGCAGUGAAGCCACCGGGGCGACUACGACAGCUCAUGCGUCAACUCUCUGCUCGACGUGCAGCGGGGCUACCGGUGCCCCCACGACCGCUCAAGAGACAACUGUCUGUCACACGUGCAGCGAGACCACAGCUGCGCCAGUGACUACGCAGACUGUGAUCCCUUGCCCAACUUGCACCGAGAUCACGACCGGUCCUAGCAGCACCCACACUUCCACGGUCUGUCCGACCUGCAGCGAGACCACUGGUAGAACGACUGUUACGCAGACCUCGAGCCACUGUCCGACUUGCACCGCGACGAUAUCAGAGCCCAGCGGCAGUACGACUUCGUCGAUCUGUUUCACUUGCAGUGAGACGAGCAAGCCUUCUAGUAGUCAAAUUUCGACUGCUUGUUCCACGUGCAGUGAAACGCAAAGCACAGCGAGUGUCACUCACACCUCAACCGUCUGUCCAACCUGUACAAGCUCCAGCCGCUUCAUGAUCUCUACGGUGACUGUGACAUCAAGUAGCGUCUGUCCAACGUGCAAGACCACUUCAUCGAGUGCUACGACUUCGUCCACCACGAGCUCUGUGCCGACCACUUCUAGGACAACAAUCACAAGUAGCAGCGCCGGCCACCGUCCGACUUAUCGUCGUGUCAAGCGGAAGCGCGCUCACUAG